CCCGUUGCUUAUUUUCCCGCGCACGGUUCACAGAAGACGAGCAGAACAAAAUCCUCCAAUCCCCACAGCUUGCUUGUUCCUUCGUUUUCGCUGGUGCGUACAAGUCUAAUGCCAAUUCAUUAAUUUGCUUCAGCAUGGAAACAAAUAAUCAGAAAUUCGACGAUUCAGAAGCCAAAACAAAUGCCCAUACGCCGUCCAGGCGGAUCACAAGAAGCACCAAUGCUCAUCACGCAGAAGAGUCCCUUGAAGCGAAGCAAUGCAUUCAAGCAAACACGACUCAAGAUACCACUUCGUCUUCAUUUCAAUGUAUUCAAGCUGACGAAGAAACUCAUACUGUUAAAAACAAAGAAGAGCUGCAGAGACAUCUGUUUGAUACUUUUCCCGGGCGCCAUACACAGAUCAAAGAGCUUCUGAAUCUUAUUGGAGGUCCUCAGGAUUUCAUGACACCCUUGCUCAUAUAUGGGGGGCCCUCCUGUGGUAAAACCAGUGUAGUUGUGGAGACAUUUAAGUACCUCGGUCGACCUUAUGCCUAUGCCGGCUGCAGGUCCUGUCACAACCCACGUCUGCUCUUCGAAUCUCUUCUAAACAAGUUAUAUGCACACAAAAGAACCAAGCUUAACAACUAUGCCAGUGCUAAGCGAUGUGAUAAAAUUGCAGAUUUUGUUCAGUAUUUGAAAGAGGCCUGUAAUGAGAUCAUUGAAAAAUUUUCUCAUAAAAAAGUAGGUCACAGGCACAAGUUCCAUGACACCGGGUUUAAGGACUCCCACAAGGGUUUGAUGGGCUCUCCAUCAAGGGAUGUUCACAAGGUGAAGGAUUCGGGGCUUAAGGCCUCCCCUCACAAAGAUGCUAGAAAAAGCUUGGAGAAAGGCUCUCAAGAUUCGGGUUUUAAGGGCUCCCCCAAGAAAAAUGUGGGAAUUGGCGUCAGGGAUUCAGGCUUCGAGAAUUUGGGCAGUGAUCCUAAUAACAAGGGAAUUAAAGGAUUGGUUUCUAAUGGGGUGGUCUACUUGAUAUUUGAUAAUAUAGAGCUUUUACACGAAUGGACCAAUGGUUUUGGUUUAAUUUCUGCAUUGUUUAAGCUGGCAGAUUUGACGAGAAUGCCUAAUUUGGGUUUGAUUUUUAUCAGCAACGUUACACCGGAUUCUUUUUAUUUACAGACGGGUACUUUGGAACCGUUGACAGUCUACUUCAGGGAUUAUACUGAUGAGGAGUUGCAUCAAAUUCUGCUCAAAGGACAGCCUAAUCCGGAGCUCUAUGGAUCCUUUCUAAAUGCUAUUAUGAAGCCCUUUAGCAGAGCUUGCAGGCGAGUUACAGAACUCUCUGCAGCAUUGGAACCAUUGUUCCAAAAGUACUGUGAGCCCAUCAACAAAGAAGCAGUGAGUCCCAAUGAUGAAAAGGGGAAGCGGAGGCUGUUUGCUCUUCUCCAGCCCCACAUUACGCCGGCCCUGAACCAAAUAUGUAAUGUCCCCACUUAUUCAGGAUUCUCUAAAUCUGGUGCUGACAAGGCUAGGAGAAAACUCAUACCAAAAAGAUCUGGUUGUUAUGAAGCUACAGAGGAGCUAGACUUUUACCUUACUGUUUGUGGUAAAUAUCUUCUCAUAUCUGCCUUCAUUGCAUCACGGAACCCUGCCACUCUCGAUGCAACUCUGUUUGAUUCCACUGGUGGAUUAGAGAGCCGAAAACGAAAGAGAAAGAGCUCUGCAUCAGCUAUGCAGAAAAAGGAGUACGAGGAGCAAGAAAAGGUCCUCAAAGGUCCCGGCUCUUUCCCAUUAGAGAGGCUGCUUGCAAUUUUUCAAUGCAUCACGGUAGCAACAGGUGAAGAUGUGGAAAGUCAGCAAUGUACCGACACAUCUCCAAAUGAUGAAGGAAGUAUGGAGCUCAUGUCUGAUGCUCUCAUGCAGCUAUCUACACUUUGCAAUAUCAACCUUUUGUAUAAAGGAUCAAGUUGCCCUUUAGAAGGUGCUGCUAGAUACCGGUGCAACAUUGACCAGGACCUUGCAUUGAGGGUUGCACGGAGUGUCAAUUUUCCCUUGUCAAAGUAUCUCUAUCGUUGAUAUGUCCUCAAUAAAGACGGAAUUAGAAAUGCCAUUUACUUGCCUGCCUGUGCAAAGGUCUCUUACGGCAUUAUUUUAUGAAUAAUUGAUUGCUCUAUGCAAAUGCAUAUCAUGUGAUUGUAAAACAGAGCAACAGUUGUGCAAAGAAAUUGCAUGUGUUUUGAGCUGUCUAAACUUUCUUUGUAAUUUCAAGUCUCCCGAGACCUCAAUGUAUUUUAAGGGGGAUUGUUCUUUCUAAGUUGCAAAUCCUUAAAUGCUGUACCAUUCAAAGGUGCAUUUAUGUUUGUGCAGAAGUAUCAAUUAUACUAACUUGACCCUUUCAUAUCUCUAAAUAGGUUCAUGAUAUGUACUAUUGAUUACCAUUGUCGAGUGAUUCACGUGUGUUUCAGAAUGGUAUAGCGUAUUUUAAGUA